CCACUCAUAAAACCACAGCAUAGAUUGAAGACAAGACUCUGCCUAUCCCAUCCAAGUCUCACGCCCCAUCUCCUCUUCUUCUUCUUCUUCUUCUUCAAAUCAAACAAGAAACAAAAACAACAGCACAGAGAAACCAACAAAACGCAUCAACACAGAGCACUGCACGGCACCCAAACCAGAAAGUAAGAACCGAAAAGAGAUGUCAAAGGAAGUGGGUGAAGAAGGGCAGACCCAGCAUAGGAAGGACUACGUGGACCCGCCCCCUGCUCCCCUCUUGGACUUUGCCGAGCUCAAGCUCUGGUCCUUCUACCGUGCCCUCAUCGCCGAGUUCAUUGCCACCCUCCUUUUCCUCUAUGUGACCAUCGCCACCGUCAUCGGCCACAAGGUGCGCUACGCCGCUGACCAAUGUGACGGCGUUGGCAUCCUCGGCAUCGCCUGGGCCUUUGGUGGCAUGAUUUUCAUCCUCGUUUACUGCACUGCCGGCAUCUCCGGUGGGCAUAUCAACCCUGCGGUGACAUUUGGGCUGUUCCUGGCGAGGAAGGUGUCGCUGUUCAGGGCAGUGGCUUAUAUGGUGGCACAGUGUCUGGGAGCUAUCUGCGGAGUUGGGUUGGUGAAGGCUUUCAUGAAGCACCACUACAACACUUGGGGUGGGGGUGCCAACUCUGUGAUGCAUGGCUACAGCAAGGGCACUGCUUUGGGUGCUGAGAUCAUUGGUACUUUUGUCCUUGUUUACACCGUUUUCGCCGCCACCGACCCCAAGAGAAGCGCUCGUGAUUCUCACGUCCCUGUGUUGGCUCCUCUGCCAAUUGGGUUCGCCGUGUUCAUGGUUCACUUGGGUACCAUUCCUAUCACUGGAACUGGUAUCAACCCUGCUAGGAGCUUUGGUGCUGCCGUCAUCUACAACAAUGACAAAGCCUGGGAUGACCAGCAUCCAGCAAGCAGCAGGAGUAUCAUUUUAAUGGGAUUCUUUACAAAUAUAUGGUGCAGUGGAUCUUCUGGGUUGGACCAUUUGUGGGGGCAUUGGCAGCAGCAGCAUAUCAUCAGUACAUCUUGAGGGCUGCAGCUAUCAAGGCCUUGGGAUCUUUCAGGAGCAACCCCACAAACUAAAGUUAAAAAAGAAAAAAAAGGCCAUCCAUCCACCUGUCCAUGAGGCGUGAAGAAAUUAAUGAAUUCCUAAUUCUCUCUCAAUAUCUGGAAUUGCUUGUUUUCCGUCGUGUGUGUUAGAUAGAUAGAGGGAGAGGAUUUAAUUUAUGAACCAUCCCAUCUUUUCUUUUGUAAACUUAUCAUUCCCUUUAACUUGUUUUUCAUAUAGCUUCCAUCUUUUUUUUUUUUUUUUUUUUUUUUUAUGUUUUUCCUAUUUGUUGCUAGUCUUGGAUGUGUAUAUUUAUUUGGUAUGAUGAAUAGUGCUGGUGGAGUUGUUUCUUUAAAUCUCUGCAAAUAUUUAGAGUUGUAAACGAGUCAAAUCGAAUCGAGUAUUUCAUGUUUGAGCUC